UGGGCCCCGCAGGGCAAAGUCUCCUGGUGGCUUCGCGGGGCCCAGGCGAGAUGGGCGCGCUGGGCCGGGCCCUGCUGUGGCUGCAGCUCUGCGCGCUGACCCGGGCCGCCUACAAAUUCUGGGUCCCCAACACCCACUUCGACGACGCCACGAGCUGGAGCCAGAACCGGACCCCGUGCGCGGGCGCCGCGGUCGGGUUCCCCGCGGACAAGAUGGUGUCCGUCCUGGUGCGAGGAGGUCACAGCGUCUCGGACAUGCUCCUACCGCUGGAUGGGGAAUUCGUUCUGGCCUCAGGAGCCAGCUUCAGCGCCCCAGACAACAGCUCGGACUCGGAAUGCAGCGCAGGCGCCCCCGCGCUCUUCCUCGACCCUGACCGUUUCUGGUGGCACGACCCGAGCCUGUGGCGCUCCGGGGACGCGGCGCACGGCCUCUUCUUCGUGGACGCCGAGCGCGUGCCCUGCAGCCACGACGACGUCGUCUUCCCGUCCGACGCCUCCUUCCGUGUGGGCCUCAGCCCCGACGCCCGGACCGUGCGCGUUUGCACCGUCUGGGCUCUGGGCCAGACGUUCACGCGCGACGAGGACCUGGCCUCUUUCCUGGCGUCCCGCGCCGGCCGCCUGCGCUUCCACGGGCCGGGCGCGUUGAGCGUGGGCUCCGAGGCCUGCGCCGACCCGUCGGGCUGCGUCUGCGGCAACGCCGAGGUGCAGCCGUGGAUCUGCGAGGCCCUGCUCCAGCCGCUGGGCGGCAGCUGCCCCCCCGCCGCCUGCCACGACGCCCUCCGGCCCGAGGGGCAGUGCUGCGACCUCUGCGGAGCCAUCGUGUCGCUGACCCACGGCCCCGCCUUUGACCUGGAGCGGUACCGGGCGCGGCUGCUGGACUCCUUCCUGGCCCUGCCCCAGUACCAGGGGCUGCAAAUGGCCGUGUCCAAGGUGCCGCGCCCGACCCGGACCCGCGAGGCUAAUGGCUCGGAGGCGGACACAGAGAUCCAGGUGGUGCUGGCAGAGACCGGGCCCGAGACGGGCGGCGCGGGGCGGCUGGCCCAGGCCCUCCUGGCGGACGUCGCCGAGCACGGCGAGGCCCUCGGGGUCCUGUCCGCGACGGCCCAGGAGUCGGGCGCGCCCGUCGGGGACGGCUCGGCGGCGGGACAGGAGGGCCCGGGGCCGCGCGCAGGGCUGGCGGGAGGAGUGGCGGCUGCGCUGCUCCUGUUGCUGUUGGUGCUGCUGGCGGGGGCGCUGCUGCUGCGCCGCGCGGGGAAGCUCAGGUGGAGGAGGCGCGACGAGGCGGCUCCCGCGCCGGCCGGGGCGCCCCUGGGCUUCCACAACCCGGUGUUCGACGCUGCACCCUCUGACUCUGCACCCCCGCGGUCCCCGGCCCCGCAGGCGGACGCUGGGAGCAUCAGCUUCAGCUAUUUCGUGAACCCGCUGUUCGAGGCCGAGGCCUGAACUGCCGCGUGACCCGCCCGCCCUGCUCCUGUUGGGCGUCCCUGGCC